AUGCUCUCGACUCUUCGAUCGAUCAGCCAAUCCACCAAUCUGACGCUGUUCCACCUCAACUGUUCCUUGAUCGCGGCCCUUCUUGGAUUGGCCACCUAUCGACUGUUCAUCAAGGAUUGGUCGGACCCGAACCACUGCCAAGCACUUCUGCAUACCGGGGACUGGCUGGAUGGAUCCCGACAUACUAAUUGGCAGCCGACCGGCUGCAUGCUCCACACCUACAAGCCCAAAUCCGUCGGCCAAUGUCUGGCCGGCCGAUCGGUAGUCUUCAUUGGCGACUCGAUCACCCGGGUGCUCUUCUAUGGCGCGCUACGGACGAUGGACCCUUCAGUGACUCCCGAUGGCCAGUCGAAGCACUCCGAUCGCACCCUGAAAAUCGGCGGCAUCGAGUGGCGGUACGUCUGGGACCCCUUCCUGAACUCCACCACCUGGCCCGAAAUCAUCUCCGGAAACUACUUGUCAUCCCUGCCCUCGCCCACAAGCAAUUCCAAGGAAGACCUCGCUCUCAAGAACCGGCCGGCCCUUCUGGUCGUAGGCUCUGGGCUCUGGUAUCUAGGACUGCCAUCGGGCAUCGACACCUGGAAGCAGAAAGUCGACCAUCUGUUCCAAAUCACCUCCCCCAGACUGGCCCACAAACAGGCGCGCAUCGCCGACGAGAUCGUCCUCCUUCCAGUCGAAUAUCCCGCCUUCGAGAAGCUCAACCAGGACCGUAAGCAGAGGAUGCAUCCGGAUCAAGUUCAGAAAAUGAACGACUACACCCUCAAAAAGAGUAACUCGAGCCCCUCCUCACCCAUCGUCAUCCCAACAGUCAUGAACUUGAUCUCCCAACAAGCUCCCUCAGAAACUCAAGACGGAUUGCAUUACUCAAACAAACUCUCAGAUAUCCAGGCAAGGAUCUUAUUCAAUCUACACUGCAACGAUCAAAUCUUGAAAAAAUUUCCUCUAGACAAGACCUGCUGUUUUCAGUAUCCGCCGCCCAAUUGGAUCCAAAUCAUCCUUCUCCUCUUCCUGUUGGUUUGGGCACCACUUGGGAUUUACAUUAAUCACUAUCCUAAUUCACCGCUCGCCGUCCACAGUUAUUUGUUCCCUUCAAACGAUCGAUUGAACUCCAUGGCAAUCUUUGGGGGCUCGAUCGUCCUGAUUUUCCUGAGCGAUCGCACCUCGAUGUUCAACAAAGAGCAGAAGCAAUUCGACCGACUGCAAUUUGGCACCCUGAAUCUGCUCGCCUUGGUAGCGGGAAUCUGGAGUGCAGUGACUUCGGAGAAAGGCGACAUGGGCCUCCUGAACCGGGAGCAGACGGACGAAUGGAAGGGCUGGAUGCAGAUCGCCAUCCUCAUCUACCAUUAUCUCGCGGCCUCCCAGGUCUCCGGAAUUUACAACCCGAUCCGGAUCUGUGUGGCCAGUUAUCUCUUCAUGACCGGCUAUGGCCACUUCACCUACUACUAUCUCAAGAAAGACUUCAGUUUCCCUCGGAUCCUCUCCGUGCUCGUUCGCUUGAACCUGCUGACCUUGGUGCUGGCUUACGUGAUGGAUACGGACUAUCUGUCCUACUACUUCUCGCCCUUGGUUAGCAUGUGGUUCUUGAUCAUCUGGGCAACGAUGUUUAUCGGACAUCAGUGGAACGAUCGGAUGGUGUUUUUGCUGCCCAAGCUGGCCUGUUCGGUGGUCCUGAUCGUCUGGUUCUUCAAGGCCGACAAACCACUUGGAUGGGUCUUUGGAUUUAUCAAUCUAGUCUUUGGGACCGAGUGGAAUGCCAACGAAUGGAGAUUCAGAGUGACCCUGGAUAUGUUCAUCGUCUAUUGGGGAAUGCUCACCUCGUUGAUCUAUCUUAAAGUUAAAGAACAUAAGUGGCUCGAACGAGAUCAUUCCAAUCGGUUCGAUCAGCUCCGCAAAAUCGCGAUUUGGAUCAGCGCGCUCGGAUUGGUCUGGUUCUUUUGGUUCGAAAUCUCCCGACCAAACAAGUUGAUCUACAACCUCUACCACCCUUAUAUCUCGAUCAUCCCGAUCUCGUCGUUCAUCAUUCUGAGGAACUCGACCGAGUUCUUGAGAGCCACCAACUCUAAGUUUUUUGUCUUUAUCGGCCAAUGCUCCUUGGAAACUUUCAUCAUUCAGUUUCAUUUUUGGUUAGGAGCAGACACGAAAGGGAUCCUGAAGGUGCUUCCGUUCCGGGGCCACAGGCUGCUGAACCUGAUUGUGUCGACGGUUGUGUUUAUCUUUGUGAGCCACCAAGUGGCGCAGGCGUCGGGGACGCUGAGCAGCUGGCUGUGCUACAAGCCGAAGCCGUCCGUGAGCACGAGCGUCGGGCCCAAUGAUGGGGGAUCCUCGUUGGAGGAGGCCCGGGCCAAGCCCGAGACUAGUCAUCAGCAGCCGCCCCAUCCCGGCUCGUCCUCCGUCAACCAACACGAUAGCUACUUGCCCCUCUCCACUAACGACAUCGAUAAAGACGUCCAUCUGUCCCUCUCCGAUUCCCCUCGCUCCUCUCAGCAACCCUCUAUCUUCCUCCAGGCUAUCGACUCCCUCCGCAACCUCUAUCGCUCUCAGCUUCCUUUCAGAGCCCUCGUUUGGUUGGCUUGCUUCUGGAUCCUCAACCUUCUCACACCGUCUAAAGUCAACUCUCAUGGCCAUAUUCGUUUGUCCCUUUCUCGCUCUCUCUCUCUUCUCUUCCUCGACGUUCCCAAUUAAUUAACUUGCUUUUUUUGCCGCUUGGUUUUGUAGUGCCUACUCAUUAACUCCCGCUUC